CCAGAACAAUUGAAGAUCAUUUUAUGAACCCUUUAAUUAAUUUCUUGAAAGAAGAACAUAUAUGAUGAUAUGAAUAUAUGUAAUGGCUUUGAAGGCUGCCCGUGUUCCAGAACUGCCCGUUCUUGAUCAUCAUCAUCAUCAAGUUGUGCCAGAAAUUAACAAUGCCCCCGCAUUAUUAUCAUCCUCUCCUCCACUCAUUUCGGGCGGAGAAGAGAAUGGGAAGAAGGAGAAGAAGGGAGGGAAGUUUGUGGUGAUGGGUCACAGAGGGAAUGGGAUGAAUUUGUUGGAGUUAUGUGAGGACCCCAGAAUGAGAGCAACGAGAGAGAACACCAUACGCUCUUUCCGACACGCCGCGAGACUUUCCCGUCUCGAUUUCGUCGAAUUCGACGUUCAGGUCGGCGUAUAUAUAUAUAUAUAUAUAUAUAUAUAUAUAUAUAUGCCUUUAAUUUGCUUUAAUUAAUCGUUAUGCCCAUUCGGAAAAAAAUGGGCAUAAUAUGAUAAAAAAAUGUUUAAUCUCAGAUUCUCAGGCUAUAAAUGUUUAAUCUGAGAAAUAAUGUUUAAUAUCAGAGUAAUGUUUUAGCCCACCUCAUUCAUUCUUAACGACUUGUGAGUAAAGUUUAUAUGAAUGAUGUUUGUUUGGGAACAUAAAACUUCAAUCAAGGCACAUACUGAUGAUCCCUUUCUUUGUCUCUGUGUCAUGGAUCUUCGAUCAUUAGGCGAAGAACACAUAAAUUUUAUGAAAGAAAAAUGUGUUUGUAGGUGACAAAGGAUGGUUUUCCUGUAAUUUUCCAUGAUGUGUUCCUCUAUACCAAAGAAAAGGUCACUUUAGUGCCCACUUCUAUAAUACUCCCUCCGUCCCCUUAAGAUGUUCUCAUUUUAACUUUUGGUGGUUUUUAAGGAGAGUUGAAAAAAGGUGAAAGUUUACCAUAAUACCCUUAAUGAAAAAAGGGUGGAGUGUAUUAAAUGAGGUGGGUGAGGUGUAAUAAAUAAAGUAAGUUGGGGUAGUUGUGGUAUUUUAAUUGUUAAAAAAUGAAAUGAGAAGAUCUAUUGUGGACAAAGAAAAGGGGCUAUUGGAAAGAUCUAUGGGGGACGGAGGGAAUACUAAUCUUUACUAUCUAUCUGUAUGUUUGUUUAUUUCUAUAAAUUGGACAUCUCUUGUUUUCAUUCCCAGGGUGAAAUUGUUGAGAACAGAGUUACAGACCUCAGUUUGGAUGAGUUUCUCUCGUACGGUCCUCAAAGGAAUGCGUAAAACGGUGGAAAGCCGAUAUACAGAAAAACAAAAUGCGGGAGAAUCUUUGAAUGGGUGGUUGAAGAUGACGAUUAUCUGUGUACAUUGAGAGACGUGUUUGAGAGCAUUAAUAAUGACUCCUUGGGCUUUAACAUUGAGCUGAAGUUUGAUAACAAUCGAGUUUACUCUGAGGAAGAACUUGUAAGGGCCAUUCAAGUUAUCAUGCAGGUCAUAUUUGAUCAUGCUAAAGAGAGGAAGAUCAUGUUCUCAACAUUUCAUCCUGAUGCAGCCCUUUUAAUCCCCAAGCUCCAAACCACCUACCCUGUUUUCUUCCUAAGCAAUGGAGGAAACGAAAUCCAUUCGGACCCAAGAAGGAACUCGUUAGAAGAGGCGAUAAAGCUGUGUUUGGCAGGUGGCCUCCAAGGAAUUGUCUCUGAGGUGAAAGCCAUACUGAGAGAUCCUGGAGCAAUUGCCAAAAUCAAAGACUCCAAACUCUCCCUCAUAACAUAUGGGCAACCUAAUAAUGUGGGUGAGGUUGUGUCUAUGCAACGCAAGAUGGGCGUGGAGGGCGUUAUAGCUGAUGUGGUCGAAGAGAUCAUUGACGUUGUGUCGAAAAUCGAAGGGUCGGGUAAGGGUGAAAAUGGAAAUUAUUGGUCCGCAGAGAGGUCGAUUUUGACGCAGAAAAUUGAUCACUGCUCUGAGGAAGAAAUAUGCUGGUUGUUCAGGCUGCUCCCUGGACUGAUGCAGUAUUAGUGUUGAAUUCCUAUUGGAAUUUUGAAUGUAUAAUAACUUGUAAAGUUUGUGUAUAUAUCUAUGAUGGUAUGUGUGCAUGUAUAAUGAUGGUAUGUCCUAGUACUCAUGUGCAUGUAGUCUCAGCAGUGCAUACAAGUCAUAUACCUGUAGUUUGAUUUAAAAUUGCAUAGAAAUAAAGGUAGAAAAGCAAG